AGGAGGAAAGUAAAGAAACAAAUAAAAAAAUUCCAAGUCAAGUGCAGCCCCCAUUGCUCUCUCUCUCUCUCUCUCCUUCUGUCCAGAUAGCGAUUUUGGAAGCUCGACUCCAGCUGUCUCCAAUUACCCCCACCCUUAUCUUUCCUAUUUAUUUUCUAAUUCCCCACUCUAUAAAUUAUUCUACAGUCCCUAUAUUUUUUUAUAAAUAUUUAUUCACCCCUCCGAUUUCCUCCUUCCUCCUCACUCUGCUCUCUCCUUUCCAAUUUCAUCACAGACCAGUUUUCAGCUUCUGUUGUUUGCUUGCUGGGUGAAUAAAGCUGGCUUUUUUUUGCUUAAUUUCGGUGCAGAAAGGAGCUUCCUUGGAUAAAAAAUUGGUUGGAGGUUUUUAGAGAUUUGAGCUUGUUGUGAGGUGGGGUAAAAUGGAGCCCAGGUAACAAAAUCCAUAAAGUUUCAUAAAAAUCUUGCAAUUGGAGUGGUUUGCUUUGGGGGAAAGGAAACGCAAUAAUAGAGUUCUUAAAGCAGGAGCAGCAAAAGAAGAGAUAAAAGUUAAAGAUGAAUCGAUAUUUGUGACAAUGAUGGAUCCCCAAGACUUCAUCAGACUGUCAAUUGGAUCUCUGGGGAUACGAAUCCCAAUGGCAGCUUCAAAACCAAUGAAAGGUGCAACUCAUGCAACAUCUACCUCUAUAUACUGUUGUCAGAUCAGGCUCCGAGGCUUCCCUAUACAGACUGCUCAGAUCCCGUUAAUAUCCUCUUCUGAGCCCAAUCCUGACCCUCAAAACAACCCGAUAAUCUUCUAUCUUGGGAAGUCUGAUGUCAAGGCGUUAAUGGCCUCUAGUUGCUUCCAUACCUCCCAACCGUUUCUUGAGGUUGUGGUCUUUUUGGGAAGGAAGAAGGGAUCAAAUUGCAGUGUUACGAGCAAAAAGCAGCAGCUUGGGACAUUCAAGGUGGAGGUGAGUCCUGAAUGGGGUGAAGGGAAACCGCCACUGAUUCAUAAUGGUUGGAUUGAGAUUGGGAAGCAGAAGCAGUUAGGGGGGAGACAAGGGCCGGAGCUGCAUUUGAGAGUGAAGCUGGAUUCGGAUCCUCGAUAUGUUUUCCUGUUUGAGGAUGAGACGAUGUUGAGUCCUCAGAUAGUUCAGGUUCAUGGAAGUAUCAAGCAGCCUGUAUUCAGUUGCAAGUUCAGCAGAGAGAGACGUGCAUGUCAGCUCGACCCUUUAGGCACAUACUGGUCAAACUCCAAUGAUGAUGAAACCCAAGACAUCGAGCAACGAAGGGAAAGAAAAGGCUGGAAGGUGAUGAUCCACGAUCUUUCUGGCUCUGCAGCUGCCGCAGCCUUCCAAUGCAACACGGCCUUCGUGGCUUCCUCAGGGUUCGACAGGUCGCUCGCGUCAAAACCCUGGUGCUGGCUCAUUGUCCCCUGGCCGCGACCCCCCGCUGGCAGCGUCCGCAGCAGCUGGCAUCCGGAUGGGGCCGUCUCGAAGGCCUGGCGAGAGGCCUGGCUCCCGCAGACUCCAGUCUGCCUUCGACUCUUCCUCCUUCCUGAAGGGCAAGAAGGAGGAGUUUUAGUAUCAGAAGUUUUGGUAAGUGCAGGAAAGGGAGGGGAGUUUUUGAUUGAUAUGGAUAGGCAAGCUCCGGCGGGGACGCCGGUGCAUUGUCCUCCGGGCACAACGGUGGAGGAGACAGGUGGGUUUGUGAUGAGUUGCAGGGUUCAGGGGGAAGGGAAGAGGAGCAAGCCGGUGGUGCAGCUGGCGAUGCGUCAUGUUAUGUGCGUCGAGGAUGCUGCGAUUUUUAUGGCGCUGGCGGGGGCGGUGGAUCUUAGCAUCGAGGCGUGUAGGCCGUUCACGAAGAAGAUGAAGAAGGGGAUCAGGAGUUCUCUGUUGUCAUAGCAGGGGUGGGCUUGUUACUGUACGUAGAAUGCUCAGCACAGAAUGGGUAUGGGAGCUAUCUGUGUGAGCACUGACUGUAAAGAUAAUCACCUGGGGAUGACAUUUCUUUGGUUGAUAAGAUGAGCUUUUUGUGCCUGGAAAUGGAAUAACAACUUUUUUUUUUUCCUUUCAUGGCAGAGUCCGUUAAAUUUUUACUCA